UCGUCAUUGAAAGCUAUAGAAUUAUUUUUACAUUUACGGCGAUUGCAUAUUUCCAACUUGACAAUUUUCCAAUUGAAAAAGUGACAAUUUAUCGUAUUGCGCAACCGUCGUACGCGAUGUUCUUUUUAUAUAUACAGUAGUCAAUCUCUAAAACAUGUAAUUUGAGUUGCACCACCACUAUCUUGCAACGAAAGGCACACGUUCUCCUCGCGCAGUAUGGCUCGCUCGAUUCCAGUCGUGAUCCGUUCAACUACGUUACCUCGAGGAAGUAUUGCUUCAUUUGUAAACGAAAUAGUGCGCAUAUAAUCCAGGAUUCGCCAUGGAAGACGAAUGGGAUGUCGAAAACGCUGAAGCAAAAUUCGACCUCGCUAUCAGAUCCAACAAGUGGGAGGGUGAAGACGAGGAAGAGGACGUCAAGGAUAGUUGGGAAGAUGUCGAAGAAGAGAAAAAAGAUGUAGAGAAACCUGCAGAAGUGCCUAAGGCCAAACCAAAGCCAAGGAAAGCUUUGGCAGAAAGGAUUGAAGAACGUGAGAAAAAGGCAAGAGAAGAGGCUGAAAGGAAAGCAAAAGAAAAGGAAGAGGCGUUAACACCAGAGGAGAAAAGAGCAGAACAGUUGAGGCGUCAGAGGCUUCAAGAGGAAGCCGAUCUUCGCCUCGCCAUGGAGACUUUCGGUGUAGCUGAAGAAUCUACAUUGAGUCUGGAUAACUCAGUACCCAACACAAAAGAAGAGUUUGAACUGUAUGGAAUCAUACUUAACCAAAAACUGAAUCAGUUUGCUAAAAACACCGAAUUCUCUCCGUUUGCAGAAGAACUUAUUAAGUCUAUUGCUCUCAAUCUAUCCUCGGCAUAUUUGAAGAAAGUGAAAACAAUGAUUGAUAAUCUAUUGAUUGAGAAACAGAAGCUCGAGAAAGGAGACAAGUCGAAAAAGAACAAGGGCAAGGGAAAAGCAAAACUAAAAAUCGAGGGUGAAAAUACUCUUUUGAGCGAAUAUGGCGACUACGUUUACGACGAUUACAACGAUUUCAUGUAGCGACCUUUUUAUCCCGUAUUCUUAUUAUUCCUUAUCCCCUUUUCUAGUCGCCUAAAUACACGCAGAUGGUUAUUAACAUUUUUUGCAAAUUUUAUGUCCUUUAUUCUCUAUAUAUUCAAAUUCUUUAAUUUUUAAUCGCUGGUUUGAGGUUGAUGAACUUAAAUACCUUACUUUUUAUUAGAAUUUUGUAUUAUGUACAGAGUUGGGCAUUACUUGAAUAACGUUGCUAUCUAAAUUUUCUCGUCUUUAUAAAUUACAUGUAGUUUCAUUUUUGGUAUUAUGAAAUAAUUUAAAGCGAAAGGGACGAAGGUUUUUUUUUAUCAUCGUAGUUUGUUCGAUAAAUUUGCUUUUAGUGUAAUUUCUUGUUCGAGCAUUUUGUCAGAUGAUCUAUUUGUUUAAAAAAAUUUGUUACAGUGACAAAUGAAAAUAAAUGCUCUAUCGGAGCACAGGAUGGUAAUGGGAUGUUGUAUUCUAAAAAUAUGCAUUUAGAGAAUUGUAAUUACUAUUGUUGUAUGUAAAAUAUUGUAAUGUAAGUAGUAACAUAUUAUUAGAUUAAAAAAGUAUUUAAGGAUUUAUUCGAAUAAAAUAUGCCCAACUCUGCAUGCAGAUAUUAUACAUAUAUACAUACAUAGCGAACAAUAUGAUAAAUACAUCUGAAAGAUGUGAAAAAGAACCGUAACGCGAAGUGCUGAUGCGUUUUAAAUGCGGUUGGAAGAUUUUUUAAAAAGUUUUCAACUAUGAAGCCCCCUCGAUAUUUCCAAGAGAUCAGCCGUUUUCGAAAUACUUCACGGAAUUUAGCUACAUUUAUUAAGGUAUAAAC